AUGUGCCAGGUCCACCAGGUACUCCAAAAGUGUCUGACAUCAAUGCUACAUCCAUAAAAUUGACCUGGACACCGCCUGAUGUAGAUGGUGGUUCUCCAGUGACUGGAUAUGUUAUUGAAAAGAAAGAACAAUUCAGUAGUAGAUUUACAAGAGUCAACAAAAUGAACUUGAAGGAGGGUUCACCAUAUGAAUUCAGAGUGUGUGCUGAAAAUAAAGCAGGCAUUGGUAAACCAAGUGAAUCAGUUGGACCAGUGACACCUAAACCACCAUACACUGUUCCUGAAGCUCCUGGAAAACCGAAAGUAAUGGAAGUCGAUGCCACAUUCAUGACCAUUAGGUGGAGUGAACCAGAAUCUGAUGGAGGAAGCAAAAUCACCAAUUACGUAGUUGAAAGGAAAGAUGAAUUUUCAACAAGAUGGAGUAAGGUUCUCACUGAUAACAUGACUGAUACAUCCUUCACGAUCACCAAACUGUCUGAAGGAUCUCAAUAUCAAUUUCGAGUUGCUGCUGAGAACAAAGCUGGUGUUGGCAAAUACAGUGAACCAUCAGAUACUAAGACU